AUGGAAACGAGAUCGCUCCGCACCCGGGUAGCCAAUGCGUGCGAUCUUUGCAAGCUGCGGAAGAUCAAAUGCAGCGGCGCUCAGCCGUGCGGAUAUUGUGUGAGACGUCGGCAGCCCGACAACUGCCGUUACACCGCACAGCGGCGCCGACCGAGGCCCCGCUCCGAAGUGACAUCAGUCCAGGACGGCGCCUCCGCGUCUUCCACAACACGCUCCGGCGCGUCCCGGGAGCGGAAUUCCUUUUCUCAACAUGCAACGCCAACCCCCUUCCACCCAGGCCCAAUCGCGGGCUCUACGACUCACGGCGUCUCCAUCGCUCUUGCUGGAUCCACGGGGCCGUCCUCCGCUCCGGAACCUCAGGUGCCCCGGAACACAGUCUUUGCCGCUCUCGAGGAGCAUGAGCACGAGGAGACUGAAGUCCCUCGGGAGGCGCGGCUACUUUGCGACGCGCAGGGGAAGCUGAUUUUCAUCGGGGACUGUGCGCCCCUAUCCUUCUUUCAGACCGUCAGGCGGCUUGUUACAACGCGCGUUGACGCCCAUGCAUUCGCCCCUGAGACGAGUGGCUAUUCGGCCCUUGAGAAUGUCUACUCACGAACAUCCGCAGUUGGAGGCUACGGAGCCGAGCCGCCGGCAGUCAAGGUGCCCAUCGGCCCAUCGGUGUCCGGCUACCUCGACGUGACCGCAGGGUUAAUCGACUUGUUCGACAAUACCACCCGCUUAGCCGAUGACAUGGCCGCCUGGGCCGCGCAGAUCCGCCCCCGGGACAGCGUUGUCGAUGUGUCCUCGGCCGUGAAUUACCUUGUUCUCGCCAUCGGUUGCCAGAAGUCAGACGAGAGCAUUGCGCAGCUGUACUACGACUACGCCCGGAAUCUUGCCUUUGCGAGCCUCAGCGGCGACUUGGGAGUCGCAAGUGUUCAGGCGUUUAUUCUCAUCAGCUUCUACUCGCUCGGUGCAUGUCAGAUCAAUGCCGCUUUUCUUUUCUUUGGCAUCGCAGCACGAGCGGCUUACUCUAUCGGCAUCCACCGGACAGCUGUCAACGUACGGUUUGGCCCCGACAUCCACCGGCAAAGAGACCGGCUAUGGAAAAGCCUGAGGGUGCUGGACUUGUUCCUUAGCACAUCCAUGGGCCGGCCGCCAGCGACUUCGGAUGUCGACUGCACCGUACCGUACAGCGCCCAGGACGACGGGGGUCGUGAGAAGUUCGAUUUGCUGAACGCGUCCGCCCAGAUCUUUCUCAUCAUCGAAGCCAUCGUUGUGGAGGUCUACUCGCGGCGGAAGAUAUCCCCACGGCUCACCGAAGGUAUUUCCCGUGAGCUCCGCGAGUGGUCAACGCGCUGGCUCCAGCGGCUGAAGGACGUCAUCGAAGGAAAGUCGUCCGAGGACCAGCCCGGGAUGGUGAACGGUGCUUGCCAGAUUCUCUCAUCCUACUACUACGCCGUCAUACUCGUUUCCAGGCCGUUUCUCAUGGUUGAGCUACACCACAGAUUGUCUGACGGAUGCCGCUUCGCUUCAGACAACAGGGCUGGCCUCAUGACCGGCAAGUCAAAGCUGGCUGACGCAUGUAUCGAUGCCGCAAUAUUGAUGGUGGAGCCGGUGAGAGAUCUCAUCGAGAGGGGCUUGCUGACACGGCGCGCACCGAUGAUCGUCUCGUGGCUUUUUGCCUCAUCGCUUGUGCUUGGUGUCGGCUUGCUUGGCGGAUUCGGCCGCAUCAUAGAGAAGCACUGUCGUGCCUCCAUCGCUGCCCUCGAGUACUUCGCCCAGGCUGAUGCACACGCUGUGCAGUACUCCCUCAUCGCCAAGUCCCUCCUUGCCACCGCAUUAGAGUAUCUCGAGAAGAAGGAGAUACUGGAACGCCAACGGAGAACCGAAAGCUCGUCCCAGCUCUUCGGUCUUGUUCCUCAUACGCCCCGCCCAACCAGCGAUGGCAACCGUGAGCAGGCACCGUCAGGGACUCGCCAGAGCGAGAGUCCGGAUGUUUCCAGUAGACCAGAUAAAUCGCGCUUAGGACAUGCAAACAGUCAAACGCCACGGUUCGGUUUCGAUUUUGAGUCGGGCUUUGUCGGCUUAAGCGAGACGGUUACCAGGACGCCAGAUUUCUUGUUCAUGGAUGGGCCUCUCAAUGCUGAUGCCGAACAGACCUUCGGCACACUCAAUCUCUUCCCGCUACUCGACACCGACGGCCACAUCGACUUGGCCAACUAUUUCUGA